GGUUUACUUUCUAUGUUCUGCCUUGUUCUUUGCAGGAUCAUUUUCCAUUGUCCACCCAAAGGAAAGAGAAAAAAAGCACAGAUUUCCAUAGAAUGAAAAUUAUCAUCUCUCUGUCAGUGCCAAUGACUUCACUGCCAUAACUACCUGAAAAGUGUGGGUACUGGACAAUGAAUAGAAGCACUACAUCGUAUUUAACCUCUUGAGAAUGAUGGAACCGGUGGAGAGUUGAUGACCGGAGUCUUGAUCAUUCUACAAUGUGUAAUAUGAACGAGAAAGGAGUGGAGUUCUGACACCGAUAAACAACUCGUAUUUGUAAUAAAGAUUAUCACACCACUAAAACCAUCAUGGAUUUUGGUGAAUUACUCACUGUUGCGCAGAAAAACAGCGCGAAUAAACAGAAAAGUUCGUAUUCCUAUCCAGCGAAAUUCACACCCCCGAAGAAAGAGUCGAAACAGUCUAAAACGUUAUCCGACAAUAUUAAGAAAUUUCUAGCUAAGAAAGAACAGGAGGAUCGCCAGAAGGCAUUGGAGGAGAAAAAAAAAAAAGAGAAUUUGUUGGCAUUGCGGGAUCAUAAAGCGCAAAGUAGGAUAAACAAGCACUUGAAAGUAUGCAAAGCAGCCAAUAAAUCGGUGAUUGCCGAUGCCAUAAAUUAUGAAGAUACUGCUGUCACCAUGGCGGGCCCUUCCCAGCCAGACGAGGAUGACUACGGUUACGUGUCCCAAGAAGCCUCCGCCUUUUAUAACAAACUAAUGUCCAAGUACAACAAUCUACCUCCAGAGAAGCCUCUCUUCAGCGAAAGUGGAAAGAGAACAGUGAAAGAUAUAGCUUCUACAAAAGACCGUGUGAAACAAGCUUUGAGACAGCACGAGCUCGAAGAGAAUUUGCCUCACCGGCGGAAAAGAAAAUUCACAAGUGCCCCAGACAAAAAUGAACCACAGGAGAAGGAAUCUACCUCUAAUAGAAAUCGCAAUCGCGACCGAUUAGACAGAACCUCUGAAAAAGACGAAAAACCAAAACCGAAGAAGCGAACUCCUAUACCUCCUCCUAUCGAUUUCAUGUCUCUCCUAAAAUUAGCCGAGAAGAAGCAGUACGAACCCUUACCAAUUGAACUGAAACCGAAGCUGAGAGUUGAAGAACCUGAGCGUCUAAUGACUAAACGACAAAUGAAGGAAUAUCAGAAAGAGAAGGAAUGGAAGGAGAAACGAGAGAGGGAGAAGAACGGGGAAAUUCCAAAACCGUCGACUACCUCAACAGAUAAUUCUAGUGAAAAAUCCAUAGAUAAAUUGAAACCAGCGCCAAACAGAAUUUCAAAAUUGACUGAUGCUAAAACUCCCUCUAUGAUCUUGGAGAAAACUCCCACGAAACCGAUAACUCCAGUGCCAAAACGAAUUCUGGAUCGACCCAUUGAAAAAUCUUCAUCGUUACUCUCCAAAUUAUCGGAGAAGGAUGUAAUUCUGGAGGAAAGGAGGAAAUUGGAGGCUGAGAGACGUGAGGUGGAAAUGAUGAGGAAAAAGCUUGAGGAGGAAAAGAGACUUAUGACUGUGAGCAAAGGAAAAUCGAGCGAGGAGAGUAGAAAUAAAUUGCUGAAGGUCAAUGGAAAAGCGGAAAGAGGAACGGGAGGUGCAAAGGAUGUUAGAUCUAGGCAAUUUCCUCCUAAUGAUAUUAGACCUAGACAGUUUCCUCCUAGUGAUAUCAGACCUAGGCAGUUUCCUUAUAGUGAAGAUAGUCCGAGGCAGUGCCCGCCUGAUGAGGUGAGGGGGAGAUCCAAUAGGCCGUUCAAAAACGGAAGACCAUUGAACAAACGACGCAUUUAUGAUGAUGACGAUGAGGAUGAAUAUGAUUCGGAGUUGGAUGAUUUUAUUGAUGAUGGGCCGGAAGGAGGGGCUGAGGAUUAUAGUAAAUAUAUCAGUGAGAUAUUUGGGUAUGAUAAGAACAGAUACAGCGCUUAUGAUGAGGAUGAUGAUAAUAUGGAGAGCAAUUACGCGCAACAGUUGAAGGAGGAGUUCGUCUCAACUAAAAUUGGUAAGAUUUUGGAUUUAAUUUUGGGGUCUAGAGAUUUUUGUUGCAUUAUCGUUUUAACCUGUGAUCCAGUUUUAAAAAAUCUAGUGUUACGAUUUUUAAAGCCUCUGUUCCGCCUAUUAGUCCAAAAAUAA